AACAAUAUUACAAACGAUAAUAUACAUACAAUUUCGAUCAAUGCCAAUUUAAAGAAAAAACACUUGGUUAUUUUCUGCUACUGAAUUGGUAUCGACUGCAAGCAUCACGUGAAAGCAACAUUUUUUACAGUGUUCGAUUGUGCGAAGCAUUGCUUAAGCAUUUGCCACAAGAAAUUUGAAAAAUAUUUAUUAAAACAUUGAUAUUUUUAAUUCUAAUUUUAAUAAGAUUUUAAUAAUGCCGGUUGCUCCAGAUAAACUACGGAUUUUAGCCAUUCAUGGAUAUCAUCAGUCUGAUGUUAUUUUUAAAAAAAAAUUGGGCUUUUUGCGUAAAAGUUUUAACAGAGAACUGGAAUUAACAUUUAUAAGAGCACCUCAUAAAAUUCCAACUGAAAAUGAAACUGAUAAAGAUUCAAAAGAAAGUGGUUAUGGUUGGUGGUUCAAUACCGAGGAUCAUGUAUUCAAAGCAACCGUACCAAGUGAUCAUUGUAUAGGCUUUGAGGAGAGUUUAGAAUUAGUUAAAAAAACACACCAAGAACAAGGCCCAUUUGAUGGGAUUCUUGGUUUUUCACAGGGUGCAGCCUUUGCUACUAUUUUAUGCAUUAUGCAGAAAAAAAACAUGUAUCCAUUUAGGUUUAAUUUUGCCAUUAUCAUAUCAGGGUUUAAAUCAUUAUGUAAGUUACAUGCUGAAUACUAUACCGAAACAAUAGAUAUACCAUCGUUGCAUAUUUAUGGUCGAACUGACAAAGUUAUUCCAACUGAUAUGACUGAAAAAGUAUGUGGUUUAUUUAAAUAUUGUAACAGAGUUAUACACGAUGGUGGACAUUACAUGCCUAGUCAAAAACAUGUUUAUGAAACUUUCAUUAUAACCAUGAUGAAAAAAAAAAAUGAACUAAUAAAUUCCUUCUAAAAAAUCAAAUUAAUCGAUUACAAUGCGUCAACAUCGAUCGAUCCAUACUUAUAAACAAAACUUACUUUUAUGGUACAUAAAGUAUGCAUUUUAUAUCAUUAAUUUUAUAAGAAAUAAAAAAUAAAAAGAAGAAAAGUUCGAUAUAGUAAUAUUAGCACAUACACACACAUAAAUAUAUUUAAAAUUUACAUAAAACAUUAAUUAUCUGUACAAAGUGAAAAUAAACACAAUUUCAUAAUAUCAUUAGGAAAAUUUAGCAAGUUA